UACCAACUGUCAUCUCUUGGUAAAGGAAGUUCGGUGGCUUUGUCUUUUUGUUCUUAGAAAAUGAGAAAUGAUUUCAAGAUGAUGCAAAUAAUUUCUAUUUCAUUGUUGUAUUCAGGUCUUCUUGGAAUAUUAGAAAUCUCAUAUGUAGGAGGUUCAACAACAACCAUGGAUGCUUAUACAAGUACAAUGUCGCCUCCCAUCACUGAAACUAUGAAGCAAAGUCACAAAGUAGCCACUACUAUAACACAGCCUGUGACAACGCUUAGCGACCAAUCUUCUGAUACCACAGGUUUAGAAGGACCGACAGGAAGUACCAACCAACAUUUAGCCACUGUCAAAAAUAGAAAUGGAAAUAAACUCUCAGAGAAUUCACCUACUAAUGAACAUAGUGGACCUUCUUCUUCAAACACAACUGCAGGUUUGGAAGGUCUGACAGGAACUACCAACCAACAUUUAGCCACUGUCAAAAAUACUAAUGGAAAUAAACUCUCAGAGAAUUCACCUACUAAUGAACAUAGUGGACCUUCUUCUUCAAACACCACUGGUAUUAUAAUCGGAUGCUUUGUGGGACUCAUCAUCUUCAUUAUCAUCCUUGUCUUGAUAAUCAUACUGAGAAAGAGAAAACGUACUAGUUUUGAACUCCUAGUCACAUCUCAAGAAUCAGAAAUUCCACUGAACAAUUAUUAAUGGGGCAAUGUAUUGAAACAUAUGGACUGAUAAUACAUACUAAAAAGGAACAACAUAAAGUAUAUGAGCAGUCUGAUAAGAGGAUGACCAUUGUAUAUAAUACUUUAACAAAUAUGCAGCAUUUCACUGCAAGGCUUAUUUGGGGAAAUUUAUCAUGAGGGUAAUAUUUGAAGCCAGUUUCGUUUGGCGUAGAUUCUGCCAAUAUUAACAAAUAGUGUGUGUUUUUGUUAAAUUUGGAAUAUCUUUUAACCUAAAACUUCUAGAAUUGCUACUACUGUUUUUUCACACCACCUACUACUGGAGCGAGUUUAAAUAGUUACAGUAAUAAAUCUGGAAUAAAAUUAACAUAGGCAACCAAGCCCACUUUGCCACCCGUUUUUCAAACUGUAGUAAGUGCUAUAAAAAUGCAAAAGGUCACAAAUUUGUGUGCAAUUAAGCCCUGUUUUGCAACUUUUUGAAGCCAGAAUUCUGGAGUGCAGGGCAUUAUAAAUUCCCCCCAAUUUGUAUCAUAACAAGAAAGCAACACGGCACAUAAAACAAUUGUUAUAAUUGCUUAUUCACUAUAAAGUGCUCUAAUGGUAACACUGGACAGUAAAUGUCUGUAGUGCCAUCUACCUAUGCUGUGGAUAUAGACUGUGUGUAAUGGGAACAGUCCUACACUGACAGGGACAAAUGCGGCUUCUGUAGGAAUCAUAAUAUUAUAAGCAUAUACCAUUGCUGUAUUUUACAAACCCAAUGUGUAAUACAAAUUAUUAUUGAAUUUAUUAAAUAGAAAAUUAUUGAUUUUAUGAUUUGUAAUGUAAUGCAGCAUUUCUGAUUAUUUUUCAUUUUAUUUGCUUCACUUUAGUAUGUCUACUAACCUACAUGUUAUUUUACUAAAUUUACCACACAGAGAGUCCAGCGGCUAUUAUUUGCUGGCAAUGUUUCUAAAUUUUCAAAAUUAUAUUUUGGGAACAAUUUCUAGAAAUAAAUUUAGUUGAAAAUGUGUGGAAAAAUACAGCAUUUAUUAACCCCUUAGUGACCAGCCUGUUUUGGGCCUUACUGACCAAGCGUUUUUCCUCCUUUUCCUAUUUUCGCUUUCCAAGAGCUAUAAC